AUGGUUCAUCAGGAUCAGGGAAAGCUGGUGCAGGUGGUGGCCGCGAACGUUGGACUUGUGGCGCCGCCGAGCGGGUACAUGCUAAGUGAGGAGAACCGACCGACCACUGUCGCUCAGCAAGCCAAGCUGGUUAUCCCCAUCGUGGACGUGAGCCGUCUGGCCAUGCCCGACGAUGUUGAGGAGGCGGCCAAGCUUCGCUCUGCGCUGCAGUCAUGGGGCCUCUUUGUGGUGACUGGCCAUGGCAUGUCAAAGGAGUUCCUCAACGAGAUCCUCGAGGCGACGAGGAAGUUCUUCCACCUGCCGCUGGAGGAGAAGCAGAAGUGCGGCAACGUGAUCGACGGUGUCAAUUUCCAGAACGAAGGGUAUCGCAUCGACCGCAUCGACUCCGAUGAGCAGAUCCUUGACUGGUGUGACCGGCUCUGGCUCCAGCUCCAGCCGGAGGACGAGAGGCGGCUCCAGUUCUGGCCACAUAAUCUAAGGGAUCUCCUACACGAGUACACCUUAGAGAGUGGGAGAGUGACCAUGAAUGUGUUGAAGGCCAUGGCAAAGCUUCUGAACCGGGAGGAGGGCUUCUUCAUCAACAUGGUGGGUGAGAGGUUCAAGUCAUACUCGAGGUUCACCUACUACCCUCCCUGCCCACGGCCGGACCUCGUGAACGGGCUGAAGCCGCACACCGACAACUCCGUCAUCACACUCAUCCUCAUGGACAAGGACGUCGGCGGCCUCCAUGUGCUCAAGGACGGCCACUGGUUGAUGUCCCCGUGCUCGGUAAUGACAUGUUGGUCGUCGUAG